CUUCUUCCUAUCUUUCUUCCCUCCUUUUCAGCAUAAUCGUCCGUAGCUUCAAAUAUCCAUGAAACCUCCAUAAGAUCUUCAACUUCCUCUGUGUUAUGGGCGGAGAAUCACAGAAAUGGAUCGUCCUGGUCGCCACCACGUGGAUUCAAGCAUUCACGGGAACCAACCUCGACUUCUCCUCCUAUUCCACCGAUUUGAAAUCGAUCCUCGGCGUAUCUCAGGUACAGCUCAACUACAUAGGCGUCGCUUCCGACAUGGGAAAGGCCUUCGGAUGGUGCUCCGGAGUUGCUCUAUUGCAUUUCCCCACCUGGAUUGUUUUGUUCGCCGCUGCUUUUAUGGGAUUCCUUGGCUACGGCCUUCAAUGGCUCCUCAUUGAAGGAAUUGUCUCCUUGCCCUACUCUACGGUUCUUCUGCUGUCUUUGCUGGCUGGUUGUAGCAUCUCCUGGUUCAACACAGUAUGUUAUGUUCUCUGCAUCAAAUACUUCCCAGAAAACAGGGGACUGGCUCUGUCCUUGAGCAUAAGCUACAAUGGUGUAAGUGCUGCCUUAUAUAACCUCAUUGCCAAUUCCAUUGAUCCCAGUGACAGCAAGCUCUACCUUCUCCUAAACGCCAUUGUCCCCCUUGUAACCUCUGUCGUCUCCCUUCCGCCAAUCUUCCAUCACUCACCUUCAGAAGUCACCCCACCAGACAACCCCCCUCACCGUGAUUCUGCCAUAUUUCUCAUCUUAACUUCACUGGCCACUAUUACAGGGCUUCAUCUCCUCAUGAAUUCAAAAUCAUCCACAGCAUCUACUGCCCGUAUGGCGUUGGCUGGGGCUAUAUUUAUGUUGGUGCUUCCCCUGGUAAUACUUGGGAUGAUCUAUUUAUGGGAAAUGCCGAGAAAAACCAUCAACCCUAGCUUCCAACAACUACAGGGUUCAGGUUUCACUUUGAUGGACAAUGAAGAUGAUGAAGAUGACAGCCAUUCGAGCUAUAAUGACACCUCGGACAGUGACUUAAUUGAGGAUGAUUUUUACAGGCAGCUAUGCAGAGAUGACGACUCGGUGGGGCUUGGAGAUGAUCACACGAUCUCCUUGCUGAUCCGCCAGUUCGACUUCUGGCUGUACUAUCUUGCAUAUUUCUGCGGAGGAACAAUAGGAUUAGUAUACAGUAACAACCUCGGCCAAAUAUCCGAGUCGCUUGGUUACAGCAAGUACACUAAUUCUCUCGUGGCACUCUAUUCUGCAAGCUCGUUCUUCGGUCGCCUGCUUUCUACUAUCCCAGACUUCUUGCAAGACAAGGUGUACUUCGCAAGAACUCUAUGGCUAACAUUGGCGAUAAUUCCAACCUCAGCUGCAUUUUUGCUGCUCGUUUUGUCAGCAGGCACGGCAACAUUGGGUCUCGCCACAUCCCUCAUAGGACUAAGCUCCGGUUUUGUGUUUUCAGCAGCCGUUUCUAUAACAUCAGAGCUUUUCGGCCCUAAUAGAGCCGGGGUCAACCACAACAUUCUCAUUACAAAUAUCCCUAUUGGAUCACUGCUCUAUAGUCUUCUUGCAGCCGUAAUAUACGAAGCCAACAUAGAAACCCCAGACAAGGUUGCUUUGAGCAGUGAAUCUAAAGUAUGCAUCGGCGAGGAUUGCUACCACAGAACUUUUAUGUGGUGGUGGCUGAUAUCUUUGCUAGGUCUACUUUCUAGUUCUUGGUUCUCCAUCAGAACUAAAGCUGCCUAUGACCGGUUUGAGCGACAAAAGCGCAGAUCUAAAGUUAUGCUGUUGAGAUCGAUACACUCCUAGUACACAGUAUGGUCUUAAGGACAACGAGGAUUAAAUGUUUAGACCUCU